GAUGGCCGAGGCCGGCCCCUUGCCAAACUGUAGCAGGUGCUAAAAUAAGAAGAGGAAUCGCGCAUUGACGCCGAGAGAUUGAGGCGAAUGAGGUGUGAGUGAGAUUUUGGUUACAGCUACGAGAGGCCGAGGAAGGGAGGGAGGGAGGAGGAGGAGGCCGACGGAAGGAGGAGGGCACGAAAGAAGGGAGGCGCGGGACAGGGAGAAGGCGAAGCAGAGGGCGAAAGAGGUAGAGGAGGAGGAGGAGGAGGAGGUAGAAUACUUCCAGACGGACCGAAGAAAGUGCUUUGCGCUUGCUUUGCAGCAUGAAUGAAUGAGCUUCUCCACAGCGAUGGCGGACUCCUUGUCCGCCUGCUUGUCGCCCUGGUCCCAGUAUUCGUCCGACCCGGCCCUCGCUGCUCCCACCGUGCCCCUCGUUCCUGGGUGCAGGAGUCGCAGUAACUCGUUGGAAGUAGAAAAGUGGUUAGCACCUGUUCCUGUGACAAUUGUUACCAAAGCAUCACAAUUACCACCAGCUUUCCUUCAUCCUGAUGAAAAAAACCCACUGAUUGUCGGAUUCGAUUGUGAGGGUGUAAAUCUAGCCCGGUAUGGCCGCCUCUGCAUCAUGCAGCUGGCUUUCGAAGAUGCGGUAUACCUUGUGGAUGCUGUUGAGGGCGGCUACGAGCUGAUGCAAGCUUGCAAGCCUGCUCUUGAGUCCAUACACAUCACAAAAGUGGUGCAUGAUUGCAAACGCGACAGUGAGGCAUUGUUUUUCCAGUACGACAUCAAGCUGCACAAUGUCUUUGACACUCAGAUUGCAUACACCCUUCUUGAAGAGCAGCAGGGGAAGAAGUGGGUGCCCGAUGAUUACAUCUCAUUCGUGGAUCUACUUUCCGACGAACGCUAUUGUGGUGUGGUGUAUGACGAGAAAGAAGAAGUUCGAAGCCUUUUGAAGAAGGAUCCGCAAUUCUGGACCCACAGACCCUGGACUGAAAUGAUGACGCGUGUUGCAGCUGACGACGUUCGAUUUCUUCUUUGCAUCCACCACAAGAUGAUAACACAGUUGCAAAAGUAUUCAAUGUGGCAGCUCAAUGUUAGGGGAGCUUUGUACUGCAGGUGCUUUUGUGCUACAGGUGAUGGUUUUGUGGGCUGGCCUUCACCUCCUCCUCUGUCAGACUUUCUUAGAGAAGGCGAAGGGAGAUCUCCUGAGGAGGAAGUUUUGGCGGUGGUCGAUGUCAUACCCGGAAAGAUGGGUCGUAUCAUCGGCAAGAAAGGAUCCUCAAUCCUUUCUAUCAAACAGUCUUGCAGGGCUGAUAUUUUUGUCGGUGGCGCGAAAGGUCCCCCUGACAAGGUGUUCGUUAUUGGAGCUGUGAAAGAAGUGAGGAAGGCCGAGGCUAUACUUAGAGGGAGAAUGUUGUGAUUGGCUUCCGCGUGAAAUGAGUGAUACAGGUAGCCGCAGCAUCGACCUAGGUUUUCCUCCACAGCCGUGUCUUUUUCCCUAAUAUCUCCCUUUCUUUAAUCAGUUGGACGGGCCAAGUUUGGUAAGUGGAAAGAAGGAUUUGAACAGAGUGAUGUUUUCUAUAUCAAGUCUUCGAACGUAGCUGUCCAUGUAGACGUGACCCACAAAAGUACAGUAACAUGUUACUGCAUUGGAUGGUAAACAUAUGUCGGUAAGCACCUAUGAGUGGACACGGCACUUGAUAUCCUACUAUACUUGAUGAGCUUCAGUUUCCCUCGUGUCUAGAUAGCCAUAUGCACACAGCUGCAGCGGUUGUCACUCAUGUCCAUAGAACUCAUUCAACUCCUGUGAUUAUAUUGUGGAUUUUGAUAUUUACAUCUUUGAGUAAAAUUUGUCAACUCAGCUAGCUGGGAAAAUUGAAUCAAUCGUGGGUGACCUCCAGCUUUGAGUAUAUGCAAGUGCAGAAGAUGAAUUCACUCUAUCGAGAAUCGGAGAGAAGGCAUGUCUUUUGAAGGACCAGAAAGAUGGGGUUGCCAUGACCAUUUGAAGCUUAGUUAAAAGUUAUCUACGGACAGAUAUU